AUGUCUAGUGUGGUUCAGUCAUUUGGGGAAGCUUUCGGUACCUUUGAAGAUGGGGUGACGCCAAUGGAAGAGAAGCAUGAGACAACGUUUCUGUUGGAAGUUGGGGUCUCAAAGAAACGCAGAUCUAUGGGAAAAGAAGCUGAUGAGCAGACUAUACCGAAACCUAAGUCCCAUGCAGAACAACAGUUUUGUGAAGUUCCAGUAACGACCUGUUUUGACUUUGGAAGCUCUAGCCUCAAAGGGUUGCACUUUGGAGGGAGUGUUUCUUCGGACCCUAUAGAGAAUGAAGGGGGGUGUUCCUAA